AUGAUGAAGGAUAUUGAAAAUUCAGUUUCAGAUGAAGUGAUAGAUGAUUUGAAAAGAAUGAAAAGAAUUGUUUCUUCGCAUGUACCUAAUUUUGCUAAAUCUUAGUUCGAAAUACCAGAGUCAAUUCAAAAGAUAAUAGAAAAAUCUGCAAAAGAUCAAAAAAUUUUAAAAAAGACUGCAUCAACUCACAUUAGAAACUCAAUUUAAUCAAGCUAAUAUUUUGGACAUGCUUUGAAUUCAAAUCAUGAUAUGGAUAUAGAUAUGAGGCGAUAAAGAUUAAGUUGGUUAAACAGAGAGUUUCCUCGCUAAAAUAAACAAAAUUAGAAUAAAAAAAUUUUCGAUAGUUAAACAAUUUUAUAAACUUUAGAAAAUUUAAGGCACAUGAAUAGUAUACAGUAUAAGUAACACUUUGGCAGACACACUAGGUCUUCUUCACUUAAUCCUACCUCUAAAACCAAUAGUAAUACUAUUCCUUCAGAGAGUGAAUCGAGCAAUUUAAAUAACAUAGAUCAAGCUAUCAAAAAUAGAAAAAAUAAAGUUUAAAUUAAAGAAUUUAUCAAGGAAGAAGAUAUUCAAGAGGACAGUCAAGGAUUCAUUCUUUUACAGAGAUAAUAUAAAAAUUCUAGUUAAAAUGAGAGCUUUGAAGGUUAAACUGAUAAAUUAGAGAUAAUUUGUUAAACAAAUAAUAAAGAUAGCUUUCAAGGUGAUUCUACGCAUAAAGUUAAAUCUCAUAUGAUACUUUAUGAUUUUAAUGACAUUCAAAAAGAUAUUUAAACAUAAAAGUUAAAAAAAGUUGAUUAAAACUAGCAUAAAGAUAGACCAAAUUAAGAAAAUUAGAAAGAGAAUGAAUAAAUUUUAUAUAAGAUUGAUAAGACCAAAUAAGAUGAUAAUAAGGUUGUAAUUAAAAAAGGGGAAAGGAGCUUUUCUCCUAUCAAACCCAAAUCUAUAAAUUUCGAUAUGGCUUUGGAAUUAGACAAAAAUAAUAGAUUGCUAUAAGAAUAACAAAGUAAAUAAAACCAGAAUUAGAUCUUGUAAUAAUAAAUUUAGCAGCGAUCUAGCUAAGUAAUUAAUCAAUAGAAUAGCUAACAGUCUUAGAGAUCUCGACCAAGAAUAUUUUCAGAAGAUAAAAAGUCAGAAUGGAAUGAAGGAAGUUUGAUGCUUCCAGCAAAUGCAUUAAACUCAAGCUCAAUUGAAGCAAACAGCUAGUUUUUAUUAGCUAAAUCAUUAAGUAACAUUCAGUUCAGUCACCUCAAGUAAUCUAGAUAUAUCGAUUAUGUAAAUCAUGUCCACAGCAAUUAUGAAUUUAACAGCAGCAGCAAUAAUGAUGCAACAAAAGAAUCAAAGUAGCUGCUUUCUUCUACUAUGAAAAAUUUUAAUUAAAAUGAAGAAAAGCAAACAAGUAUUCCAUUAGAUGAUAUAUGCAAAAAAAAUAAUAGCUAAAUCUAUGGCAGUAGAAUGAUAAGAAAAGAAGUAGACUUACAAAAAAUAUUAAAUGCGAGGGGACUCUUAAACAAAUAAAACAGCUAUCAACAAUAAAGUGAGUAUUUUCAAUCUGAUAAAUAUUUGUGUUAAAUUCCAUGGUAAAGCUAAGAUGUACUUGAAUUUGAGAAAAAACUUAACAAUAGAGAAAAAGCUUAGAUAAAUGUGUACCAACAUUAAUUUAUCAAAAAGUAUUUGAAUAUGAAAAAAGAUAAUUAUAGAAAGAAUAUCACUUCUAAUUCAAAUUUAUCUUAAAUCUCCCAAAACCAGAACUCUCAAAGCAGCAUAAUAAACAAAAAUAAAAAUAUAAAAGGCAGUGGAUAUCUCUCAGAAAUAAGUGAGGUAAGUUAGAGUCUCAAAAGAUUGAAUAAAAAUGAUAAAUUAAAUUUAACUAAUUAGUAAGAAUUGUUUGUAGGAACAAGUAGUGGAAAUAUUUAAUAUGAAUAGAUUGGAUAGAAAGGGAAAUUUUUUGCUAACCCUAUACCAGCCGAAAUACCAAAAAUAAAUGAGAGUACUCAAAAUAUAAGAGAAGUUAAAUCUUUCAAAAUUCUCAAAACUAUAAUAAAUCGCAAUCUGUAGUCAAAUUAAGUUCCAUUUUUAUAAAAUUAAAGUAAAUACAAUGAACAAAUCAAAAAAGAUAAAUAAAAUAGUUAAAUAAUAUACAGAGCAAGUGAUUAUUUAGAGUAGCUAUGA